UGGCAUUCUAAACAUUAAUAUCUUUUCUUUUUUUUUCAGUUUGUAACCGACGGCGCCGCGAGAACUGCAGCUCUCGCAUUGCUUUAAUAUUAAUAUCUAUAUUAUAUUAUAAGAUAAGCGUAGGUAACAUAAAUACGAUAAAAUAAUAUCGGCAUACAAUAAUAAUACAUAGUAUUGAUAACAAUGGUAUAUAAUACAUGUAUGUUCAAAGUUAAAUAUAUACCUAAUUUAAAAACAAACAAAAUUAGUACGGAAUGACUUAAAUAAGUUUAUCAUACUGAAGGACAAAUUAUAAACGUGAAUUUUAAACGAGUUUUUUGGUCACUCAGAUAGCAUAAUAUUAUAUGGUUCCUACCUACUUCAGUUAUCCUAAACUGGCAUUUGCUUGGUCGUGUAAUUUAACAACGUAAAUGAAAGAAAAAAACAGACAAGCUCAAAAAUAGUAUUAACAUUACUGUUGAUGAUAACCAAAUAAACUAGUCUCGACAAUCAUAAUAGCUAUGCACUUAUAUAUUAUGUUGAAUGUAAUUAUAAAUAAACACUACACUGACAGUGUAGUUUAGAUUUAAAUUAAAAUGUAAUAAAAAAUGAUAUUGUUUAGGUAGGUACUUGCUAACAUUUUUAUUUUAUUUUAUUCAAAAUAAUUUUUAUAUAACAAAGAUAUUAUACAAUAGUCAAACUGAUACAUAGCUAAAUAGGUACGACUAGGGAAAUCUAAACGUAUAAAGCUAAUAUCCGACACAGCCGUAUCGUUAUUUAUUGGAGUUUAACAAUGGAGAGAAUAACAUUUUUGUUUGUCUUAUUACUUGUCAGCUUAUCGUGCGACUGUGACAAUUCUAAAAAUGAAAGCGACGAAUCCAAAGCAUAUACUUACGGCAUGCCGAUAAAACGUUUCAGAAAUGACAUUGUAAAAACCAACAAUAUCCAAGGUGAGGAGACACGAUAUUUCACAAUGAGCGAUGAGCCAGUAUUAGAUCCAUAUCCUUCUAAGAUACCGUCUUUAAUGGAUCCUUCAAAGUCCAUUGGAUUUUUGCACCCACAAGAAAUCAGUCUCGCAGAUCAAUGUUUUCCUAGGCCACAGUGUGAUUUUUUUAAUAUGUACAGAACAAUAGACGGCAGUUGUAAUAAUUUACUAUACCCAACUUGGGGACAAACUAACACAGCAAACACUCGAAUUAUUCACGCUAAUUAUUCAGAUGGUUACUCUCAACCAAGGAAGUCGGUAACUGGUCACGAAUUGCCGGAAGUCCGAAAAAUACGUAAAACCAUAUUUAAAGACAUUGACAAAACUUCACCGAAAUAUAAUUUAUUUGUCAUGCAAUAUGCUCAAAUCAUUACACACGAUACGGCAAGCACAUUAAUCAAAGAAAAAGGGCCUUAUGGUCCAGUGAAGUGUUGCAAUGAUGAUGGUUCAACGCCCGAAAUUCUACCGAAAGAAUGUCUUCAGAUUAGAAUCCCACACGACGAACCAGGAUCAAAGUACCGAUGCUUAUCCAUACCCAGAUCACUUGACACAUCGGAUAAGGGUUGUGACAUUAAACCGGUCAGACAAAUUUUUGGAGCCUCCAGUUUUAUUGACGCUUCAGUAUUAUAUGGCACAAACUAUGAAACAUCGCGUUCUAUAAGAACAUUUAAAUAUGGAAAGCUCAGACGGCAGUUGGGACCUAAUGGAAAAUCGUUCUUACCCAAUGUCAAAAAAGCAACAGCACUUUGCAACGUCACUCAAGAUAACACAGUGUGCUACCUUUCAGGUGAUCCAAGAAUUAACAUGCAGCCAGAAAUGACAGUUGUUAUAACUUCAUUAUUGAGACUACAUAACUAUUUAUGCGAUGAGCUUAGUUGCUUGAACCCCAAUUGGGAUGAUGAGCGAAUAUACCAAGAAGCCAGGAGAAUUCUCAUCGCAAUGCACCAACACAUUACAUACAAUGAACUCGUUCCAAUUAUUUUAGGAAAAGAUUUUGCCAAGGAAAAUUAUUUACUACCGAUGACUAAUGGAUUUGACGAUAGUUACGAUCAAUAUUUGAAUCCGACUACAACAACCAGUUUUACAGGCGCCGCAUACAGAUCAAUGCAUAGCUCCAUACGUGGCUUUAUUGAAUUGGUAAGUGAAGCCCGAAAAAUAACAUCUAGAAUACGGAUAAGUGAUUUCUUUUUUAAACCGGACAUAGUACAAAGACAAGAUAAUUAUGAUAGCUUCACCAGAGGAUUACUUACGCAACAUGCACAAGAAGUAGAUCAAUAUUUUACAGAAGAGAUAAGUGAGUCCGCAAUCAGAAUUCCGGAAAGACGUCAAAAAGUUGACCUGGUUAGCAUAGACAUGGCACGUGGUAGAGAUUUCGGAGAGCCACCUUAUAAUAAAUUUAGGAAACUCUGCGGAUUGAGCGAAGCCAAGACAUUUGACAGCUUGAUUGAUCAAAUGGAUAAAAAACAUAUUGAGGCCUUAUCGAAGAUGUACGAACACGUGGACGAUAUUGAUUAUUACGUGGCUGGUCUCUUGGAAAAAUCAAAACCUGGAUCUCUGUUGGGCCAUACGUUCCAAUGUGUAGUCGGAGAGAUGUUUUUUAGAUUCAAGUAUGGCGAUCGAUAUUAUUACGAAUUCGGGAAUCAGAUUGGUUCUUUUAAACUAGAACAACUCAAUGAAAUAAGAAAAACGACACUGGCACUGCUCGUGUGUUUAACAUCGGACAUUUAUUCUGUACAACGCAAUAUGUUUGAAAUACCCAGUAGUCGUAAUCCAUUGGUAACCUGCAAUUCUAUACCAAAACUCGAUUUGUCUGCCUGGAAAGAAGAUUAAAAUAUAACAUUUAAAUAAUUGGAUUACAUGUUUUAUAAAUGAUAUAUACUUUCUAAAUAUUUUACGCCUUUUGAGUCAAGAAAGGUCGACAUUGUAACUUUUAAUUGGAAUAUUUGGAUGAUUUUUUUAGCUUUUCGUCAAAAUAAAUUAUAAAUCAAUACUUUUGGUUUUCGUGCAUUACCUUCUCUUACUUUUUGCUACAACUUAUUUAAUUAUAAAUACGUGUUGAUAUUAAUUUAUGAUUUAUUUUCCUCCGUCAAAAUUAAUACUUUUGUCUGAUGGACAAUAAAAGAAAGAAAGAAAGAUAACUUUAAAUUAUCGAAUAUGCAAUGUAUAUUAUUAGCUCCUCGUCAUCUUAAAAUAACAUAUGUAUAACUCGUAAUAAUAAUUUGAAUUUUAUUGAAUUUUUUUGGUUUACUGUCAGUUAAAACGACGGAAAA